CGUGGCAACCGUGUCUGGUUGAUGCCUGUUAUCGUUACAAAAUUUACGAAAGGUUUUAAAACGUAGAUAGCAACUGAUAAGCGACACUAAUCAGACACAUGAGGUUAGUGUUAUGUAGAUAGUUAACGUAGCCGGUGGCUAAGUAGCGGGUUUUCGCAUGAUGAUGAAAAGAAAUGUAGUAAGCCUGAUAAAGUUCUUCUUUCUGGCGGCUUUAACUGUUUUCCUGACCGUUGUUGUGUUCCGCCGCAUACGGACGUCACCUAACCAUGAAGUUUCGACACCGGUAACCGCAUUGUUGGUUGACAGGACUGACAGUGCGAGAAAUUCCAUCGAUUCGAGGCAGAAUAUCAACGAACAUCUACCUCAGGUUUCAGAUGGAAAAAUAGAUUGGCAUGAUUACAAAAAAAUUGAGGAAGAAACUAAAAGGAGCGGGACAGGUGAACAUGGAAAGCCAGCAUUUCUUUCACCUUCUCUUGAUUCGUUGAAGGAAAAAUUAUAUCAGGUGAAUGGUUUCAAUGCUGCGCUCAGCGAUGAGAUUUCAAUGAAUCGUUCUGUACCUGACAUUAGACAUCCAGAUUGUAAAAAGAAGAAAUACUUAAAGAAUCUUGAUGCAGUCUCUGUGAUAGUCUCCUUUCAUAACGAGCAUUUUAGUACUUUAAUGCGUACUUGUUGGAGUGUUAUCAAUCGUUCACCAGCAUCGUUGCUUGAAGAAAUAAUAUUGGUAGAUGACGCUAGCACCAAGACAGAGCUGAAGAAGGGUUUAGAUGAUUACGUUGCUGAACACUUGCCAAAAGUGAAGAUUGUAAGAUUACCACAACGAUCUGGAUUGAUUAAAGGUAGACUAGCGGGAGCAAAAGUUGCAAAAGCAAAAGUACUUGUAUUUCUGGAUUCUCACAGCGAGGCAAAUGUCAAUUGGUUGCCACCGUUGCUGGAACCCAUUGCACAAAACUAUAAAACUUGCGUGUGCCCUUUCAUUGACGUGAUAGCUUAUGAAACAUUUGAAUAUAGAGCCCAAGAUGAAGGUGCAAGAGGAGCUUUCGAUUGGGAAUUGUACUAUAAGAGAUUGCCAUUGUUACCCGAAGACCUUAAACAACCAACGGAACCAUUCAAGAGCCCAGUUAUGGCAGGUGGUCUGUUCGCCAUCAGUGCUAAGUUUUUCUGGGAGCUAGGUGGAUAUGAUCCAGAGUUAGAUAUUUGGGGUGGUGAACAAUAUGAAUUAUCGUUUAAAAUAUGGCAAUGCGGCGGUCAGAUGUACGAUGCUCCUUGUUCAAGAGUGGGCCAUAUUUACAGAAAAUUUCCUCCUUUCCCCAAUCCGGGCAAAGGUGACUUCCUAGGGAAAAAUUACAAGAGAGUAGCCGAAGUAUGGAUGGAUGAAUAUGCAGAGUAUAUUUACAGAAGACGCCCACACUUAAGAUCAUUAGAUCCUGGAAAUUUAAUAGAACAGAAGAGUUUAAGAUCAAGAUUACACUGCAAACCGUUCAAGUGGUUUAUAGAAAAUAUAGCGUUCGAUCUUGUUGAUGUAUACCCUCCUGUAGAACCGGAUGACUUUGCAUCUGGAGAGAUUCGUAACAUGGGUGUGCCAGAAUUAUGUCUAGAUUCUAAAAAACGAAAGAGAGACGAACUCGUGGUAGUCGACGUUUGUAUAAAAGACAAUCCAAAAAUCGUAGGAGAACAAGAGUUCAAAUUAACUUGGCACAAAGAUAUCAGACCAAAAGAUCGGACAGAGUGUCUGGAUGUAUCCAGAGGAGAUACAAAAGCUCCUGUUAGCUUGUAUCCUUGCCACGGUGGCCAGGGAAAUCAACUGUGGCGUUACAACGUUGAAAAGCAAUGGUUGAUGCAUGGCUAUUCGUCAAGGUGUUUAGACACUGAUCCAGCGAGCAAGAAGGUCUUUGUAACAAAUUGUGAUUCAUCUUCUCCAACUCAGAAAUGGAGAAUCGAGAAAGUAAACAUGAAAGCUAUUAAUAAUUGGGAUAACGUGGGACCCAAACGACAUUGAUUCCUUUGCUUUUUACUGCCGUAAUUUUCUUAGCCUUAUUUAA